UGGCGCUCAGCAGCGAAAGACUGAGGUGCCGUUACUGCUAACUGAAGCUGGCUGUUCUGUCCCGCCUUACGACCGUUUAACCCCCUCGCUUCUAAACUUAACCGAAUGGGGUGCGGAAAGCCUGUCGGUUCGCUGCAGUAGUCGCGUGUGUUGAGUGUCCAGCGUGAAUCCAGUGUCCGAAGGGUCAAUCCGCCUCAUUGCAGCCGCUAGAGCCGCUGCUGGAAUCAAACAGAUCCACAAUGGCGACUCCCAGUCCCAGCACCAAUUCACCAACUAGCGCUGCGGGAUCCGCCUUACACACGCAACACUUAACGACAAUGAGCAACAUGCAGGAUUCCAAUACAUGCUGGAGGUGUCAGAAUGAAACAGGAUUUCAGAUCAAUCUGUCUGGAGUAACCCAAAGUAAACGCAAAGCACUUAAGUUAAACUUUGCGAAUCCGCCAGUCAAACCGACCGCACGACUCCCCAUCACGACGGCUAACCCUCCGUUCCAGAAUCCACACAUAGAACGGCUGCGGACACACAGCAUCGAGUCCUCAGGGAAGCUGAAGAUUUCUCCAGAGCAGCAUUGUGACUUCACGGCCGAGGACCUCAAGGACCUGGGGGAGAUUGGGAGAGGAGCGUACGGAUCCGUCAACAAGAUGGUGCACAAACCCAGUGGACAGAUCAUGGCUGUCAAGCGGAUUCGCUCCACUGUGGAUGAGAAGGAGCAGAAACAGCUUCUGAUGGAUUUAGAUGUAGUGAUGAGGAGCAGCGACUGCCCGUAUAUUGUCCAGUUCUACGGAGCCCUGUUCAGAGAGGGUGACUGCUGGAUAUGUAUGGAACUAAUGUCUACCUCCCUCGACAAAUUCUACAAAUAUGUAUAUUGUGCAUUAGAUGAUGUCAUUCCAGAGGAAAUAUUAGGCAAAAUUACAUUAGCAACUGUGAAAGCACUGAAUCACUUGAAAGAAAACUUGAAAAUAAUCCACAGAGACAUCAAACCCUCCAACAUUCUCCUGGAUAGAAACGGCAACAUUAAGCUGUGCGAUUUUGGCAUCAGCGGGCAGCUGGUCGACUCCAUCGCCAAGACCAGAGAUGCCGGCUGUAGACCGUACAUGGCUCCCGAACGGAUUGACCCCAGCGCCUCCAGACAGGGUUAUGACGUCCGCUCGGAUGUGUGGAGUUUGGGAAUCACGCUGUAUGAGCUGGCGACAGGACGCUUCCCGUACCCCAAAUGGAACAGCGUGUUUGAUCAGCUGACGCAGGUGGUAAAGGGAGACCCACCGCAGCUCAGCAACUCUGAGGAGAGGCAGUUUUCACCCAAAUUCAUCCAGUUUGUCAAUCUAUGCCUUACAAAGGACGAGUCAAAAAGGCCAAAGUACAGAGAACUGCUGAAGCAUCCGUUCAUCCUGAUGUAUGAAGAGCGGGUCGUGGACGUGGCCAGUUAUGUCUGCAGGAUUCUGGGUGAAAUGCCGGCGUCUCCCAGCUCGCCAAUGUAUGUGGACUGAUGGUGAGCGGCCUGUUGGGAACACGUGACGGUCCGGCCACCAUUUGGUGUACAUACAGCGCCUCACACGAAACACACGGCCCUUCACCAGCUCUCAUUUCACUGCAUUUUACUGCAGCACAUCCUGCUCUCAACAUUUGACCCUAGAGUUCAAAGCACUGAAACUCUAUUUCAAAGUGCCACAUUAAAACACUCGUGCCACUUUUUGUGCUGUAAUGUGGCUUUUGCAAAAUCGGAGUCGGAGAACAAACGUUGUGUGUAGGAUUUGUUCCUCGUUUGUGAAAUGAGAGUCCUGGUUAAGGGUCUUGAGUAUUUCUGCAAGACACCGUAAUUGUACUUUCACUUAAGUGAUUGCGUUUAAAGAGAAAUACUUCCCCAAAAACAUCUUGUGCAAUAAGAAUCGGCUCUCAUUUAAAAGCCAUUUACAUCAUGGUGUGUAAACAAGCUUCAGAUUUAGCAAAACAGCCUUUUGGGUUCAUUGCAUCAUGCUACGUUCGUGUGCAUGUGUGUGUGAGUGAGUGUGUGGAAUCAUUUCAAAAUAUUAAGAAGCAAAACUUGAAUUUGCUCAUUUAAGACAAAGACCAUCAGAUAAAGUUGAUGUGCUUACCAAAAUGAAUCAUAAGAGGAAACGCAUCCGUACUGGUGUCUUUCUUCAUACGUGUACAGACACAUCACGUUACUCUCUCUUUAUUUAAUGAAUCGGUAUGCAAAGGUGUUGUUCUGCAUCAAUGACGUGUGUUAAAGUAGCUUUACUCGCUCAAUAUGCAAUAUAAUGUCACGAUGAUCCAAAUGGUUUUCACUUUGUCAAAGAGAAUCCAGUCUGGUGUCUGAAUGCAGGCGCUGCUCAUCACUGUAAAUGUGUAUUUAUACAGACCUUUCAUUUCCACGUCAUCAAAAUAGAGGAUUCACAAAGUUCCCACAAGCUCGCUUUCGGCAUGUUAUCAGAGGAUCUGGCAUGAGUUUGCGUGGGAUACGGCCGAUAAUUCAUCCAUAGGUCACUUACGUACAACGUUUAUCAAACAUCUGAUUGUAUGAUAACAAUAAGGCGCCGGAUAGUGUUCAGAGAGCGUCAUGUUUUGAUCUAAGACAGGCCUGGGCAAAUUCGGUCCUGGAGGGCCGGUGUCCUUCCAGAGUUUAGCUCCAGCCCUGAUUAAACACACCUGAACAAGCUAAUCAGUGUGUUCAGGUUUACUAGAAAGCUACAAACAGGUGAGUUUUAUCAGGGUUGGAGCUAAACUCUCCAGGACCAAGUUUGCCCAGGUCUGAGCUAAGCUGAUGUCAUUUCCUCGUUAAUAGUCUUUCUUACUCCGGUUUCACGGCAGAAAAUCCUCAAAUGCAGUUUAAGAAAGAAUAGUGUGCACGUGGCAAAUCACGAAUGUGGGGUGAAAUAAUUUUACGGGCGAUGUGUAUUAUUAUAUUGUAUCCAGAGUGGAAACUAUGUACAGAAAAAAAAUCACUGUGAAAAUAUUUUACGUGUACGGUGAGAAGAGUAAUCUGUAAAAAUUGUAAAAGGAAAUGUGCAGGGAUACAGCGUACUAUAUGUUCAGGUUCAGGUUUAUAUAUAUAUAUAUAUAUAUAUAUAUAUAUAUAUUAACCUCUGACAGCUUUUUGUCUUAUACACGUCACGGUUAACGAGGACAUCAGCUGGUGUUAUGAAUAUGAUGAGCGUGUUUGCCUGCAGGUCAGCGGUUUAUUGUCAUUCUGCUCUGUUAGAUCUGAACACACGAUGGGCUCAAUGCUAGAAUAAAACCAAUACUCAGCCAUUCAUCGUCUCACAUUUAUUCAUCACUCAGAAAUUUAUAGUAAACGUGGAAUUGAAUGUGAAAUGUUGAAGACCGAUAUUGCAUUUUAUUGUAAAACGUACUCUGAUAUUCUUCGAAAAAUCAUUUACUAGUGCACACAGUCUGACAGUAUAAACAAUAAUCAUUAAAAAGCUCAAAAGGAAGAGUUUUUUUGGUAGUCAUCAAGACUGAUGGAGUCGGUUUGUUCGUUUUAUGUUUGUUUAUUGAACUCUGGUAGAGUAAUACAGCGGUGGAGACAAAUACUGGGACAGUUUAUAUUGUAACGUUGUUCAGUGGCCAAGCAAUACAAAAGCUUUCUGUCAUACGUAUAUAUUUUCCCCAGGAGAAACGAAAGAACAAGAAAUAAAACAAAACCUCCAUUUUCCACAGAGGUGAAGAGAAAUAGUGAACAUUUGUGCGGCAUUAGGAUCGGAGGAACCACAGCUUACAUUCGAUAAAAAAACAAAACUAUAUAACGGGAAAAAAUACAAAAUUGCAGAGUCACUUCUACCGGGCUGCUCCGUUCAUUGGCCAAUAUCAAACAUAAAAAAAUAAAAUCUACAGGAGUAUGUGACAUUCUUUACACAACAUAAAACUUUACACACAAUUCAUCUUGAUUAUAGACCUAAUAUCUUAGCUGGCUGUAUUAAAGGUACUGUUUGAAACUUUCAUGUGUAAAAAUAGAGUCUUUUAUACUCUACUGUGUCUUAAAUAUAUAAAACAGAGCUUGUUCUUGGUCUAUAAUGCCCUUAAUGCUUAUUCAGUGAACUAAAACCCAGGGUUUAUUUCUUACAAAAGUGUAUUUAUAUAAAAAUGGAUUGUCUGAAUGAUGCUUUGAGUUUCAUUUCUAUUGUAAGGCCUCACGGCUCUAGAAAAGGCACGGUAAAGAUCUGUACAAAAGCAUUCAGUGGCGCAAAAUAUGAUUAGAAACCAGAAAAUAAAAACAUUUAAUGAAAAAAAAAAAAAAAAAA